AUGGAGUCAUGGCGGGAACGAGGGUUUGUGCCAGAUUCGGACGAGGAAGAUGGGCUCGAUAGCCAGGAGAUGGGGUUAAUGCUGGAUGCAACUACUAAGAGUGCCAAUAAUGUCUCUGUCGUUGUUAGCGCUCUGCGGAGUGAGGAGGUCGCUGAACUGGCUGGAGACGAUCAUCAUAAUGGGAGCGAUGGAGUGAACAGCCAACAACGGGACAAUGCAGAUACUUGUGGUGGUAACACUGGUGCUGGGAAGGAGGGUCACGACGGUGCUGAUAUUGUCGAGGAGACAGUUGCGCCUGUCGACGAGGAUAUGGAUUUGCCUUUGCUUUUACCGGACAGACGAUUGCGGACGCCAGACGACGAUAACGGAGAAGCCGAACCGGAUUUGGGAAUAAGUGCGGCAGAAGAGGCUAGGUCUAAAGAAAGGAAGAAGUCUGUUAGCUCUCAGUCAUCUAAUGGCUCAUCCACAGUUGGCGGAAGUGGCUCGUCGACGCCGCGACCUAAGCAACAGCAUGAUUUUUGGGAUAUCCCGAGCUCUUCUCCCGAUCUGUUGCAAAGGGACUAUCAUCCCUGGCGUAAACAGACCUCGCAUGCGAUCGCAGUUACGCCUACUCCCAAAGCAAAGGUGCCUAGCCAGCCCCAUUCGCAAAACGAGAACGCGCAGAGGGCGCUGGAAAGCUCUCCUUUGUCCUCACCAUUAUCGUCCCCUCGCUCCUCCAUCUUAGGCGAGAUGGAAGAACAGCAGCAACAGCGUCGUGAAGCGUUGGACCAGACUUUUGAAGAUCUGCUACCCCCUCUCGAUAUACCUGAAGAUAUAUUACGACAGUUGGAUCAGCCGGAAAGAAGGUCGCUCCGACAACGCAAUCCCAUUCAAUUACACCCUUAUCUUCUUGAAGAUGCAAAAUACAAGAGCCUUAUGAAAGCCAGGGGCCUCAAACCUGUACGCUUUCCUCAACAGAUCUUGCAACCAGCACGCGCUGCAGACGAUGAGAGUCAGGAAAAAGACUUUGGCGAUGAUGCAGGCUCAACUUCGGACUCGCAAACGACGGGACUUCAGUACAUCCUGUCGUCUCCUCUAGAUUCUCGACCGCUGUCGGAGCCACGACCCAUAGAAGACACAGUUAAGCGCGGCGAUAGGCGGUUUGAUCGACAACCGAAAUACUCUGCGCGCAGCACCGGGCAGCGCUCGCCGAAAAGACGCAGGGUGGUAGGACCUGGAGAUGAGCGCCAACGCCAGAGAUAUCUUUCAGCGCCUCGGCCAGCUCCGCCGCAGGUAGUGGUUGAUAACGUAUCAUCCUCGGAGCCUGAUGCUUCCUCGAUCUUUGACAUCGUCAGCCCCUUGUGCUCGGACAGUGUCUCCCCUUCACUCAUGCAGAAGGAUACAGGGGCUCAAUUUCCGCGUAGAUUCUCGCCUCCCGUCGCUACGCCUCGGACAGGAACAAGGGAAAGUGCUCAUGACAAUUUUGAACCCGUUUUACUAGAUGAUGAUGAAAACGGACUUGACCAACAAUCAGAUAUCGCAGGGACUAUUAGGUCAGUAACCCCAAGCAGCAGUUCGGGUUCUGAUUUGAAUGAUGAGGAUGAGGACGAGGAUGCACAGGAGGCGAUUUUCCGAAGAUUUCAGAAGAAGAUCAAAGGCGUCCUCCCGGCUUCAUGGUUGCGACUGGACCAGCAGAAGCAGAAAGGGGGCUCAGGUGCUACACAACGCAAUAAUGAUAGGAUGGGUAGGCUGGACACAGAAGCUGCUAAAGGCGUCGCGAGAAAGAUAACGAAGAAAGCCCACUCGUCAGCCCCAUCUAGCGCGAGGGAACAUAUUCUGUCUUUAAGGCAGCUCGCUGAAGAGGAUAAUGAUCAGAGUAGCGAUAUUUCUGAUGACGAUGACCCGCAACAAAACAUAGCUAGAUGGGUUGGUUUCGAAGAUUCAUCACUUGAUCAAAAGCUUUGGCCUGAUGGAGACAUACCCGAAGAUAACCAAAUCGACUAUAUGUUUCCGACAGCACCUCGCAACCCUGCUCUCUCCGGGAGUCGAAAGCGUGCCAAAAAGCGCAGAGGACAGGAGGGAGACGAAGUUCGCACCGGUGGUCAAUCAAAGAAGCCACGCUUAGAACGGCAAGCGAGGCUCACGGACUCUGUGUACAGAGUACAAAGGAAAAAAAGGUUGUCUCAAAAGCCCCCCAGAUUGGGCAUCUUGGAUGCUCCCGAUGUCGCAUCAGUGCCUCGAAAUAAACAGCCUCAAUUUCUGAGAAUUGCUGCGAGAAAAGCACGUUACCGCGAGGAUCGGGGGAGACGUAGCCCGUCCCGCAAGGUGAUUAGGCUGAGUUCUAGAAUGGAUACAGAAGAUGCUAAUGCCUCGUUGCGCGAAUGGCGUUCAGGGCGCGUGCAGCAAACCACCUUGCCCCUAGUACCGAGUCAGACGCAUCGAAGACAGCCCCUACGGGGUCUGUCUACGAAUGCUAGACAGAUCUUCAACGGCCUAAGCGCGAAGAGGGCGAAAGAGAGCGAUCGGGGUGAGACUCGACAAGCGACUUUGAUGAGGCACGGUAUAGCUGCGAAAGAGAUUUCACCAACAGUGAAUGCUCCCCCGAAUGGCGUCCAACACGCAGCCCCAACAGAGUACGACAAUGUUACCGAGGAGAAUCUCCUGACAGUAAAUGCUCCUUUGGACAUUACACCAAGCACUCGUGGGACUGCAAUGAAACCUGCGCAGCAACGGCGAGGCAAUGCCUGGAUUAUCCAACGGAACCUCGCCGUAACUUCACUGAGCAGAAGUAGCCCACGUCCUGUUGUUCCGGAAUUUGACAGCCAUGACAGCACGGUAAGGCAGCCUUCGUCAUUGCAGAGGUCACUUGCCCUCUUGGCCCGUGAUGACAGGCUGCCUCUGAACCGGUUCCUUUCUACUGGCGAGAGACAGCAAGGUCAUGAUAUUCUUCAGAGCGUUCCUCCAACGAAUAUUGAGAUUGACAAGCCAGUUCACGCUCCUAAAUCAGCUGGUGCUUUACGGCCUCGUCAAUUGAGGAAGCGACCACCGAAACGCAUCGACCUUACGACAAAUAUCCAAGACUUUUACUCUCCAAAUCUCAAAGCUACAGAAAUUCCCACCGGAAGCACGGCACAGCUUUCCCAAGGCAGGGGAGCUGGGCAACUGAGGCACUUCAGAACAGCAUACUCUGUUGAUUUUGAUGUUAAUCCCUUACACACGGGAAUUUUCUUUCAUGAGUCCACAUUCAUUGGUAGCGGAGAGUUCUCUCGCUCCCUUAAUAUCACCAGACGUGAUCUUGACAAGAACACCAGUUCCUCCCAUUUCCAACUUGGUGAUUGUUCUAUGCGAUGGGACGCCUGGGAUGACUCCGUCUCCUCCCAGCUCGGUUCGGUGUUUGACAAGAUUCUCGAAUCCGCGGAAACCGCUAAGGCUGGAGGUCCUGGAGACAUCUCGUGGAACAUGCCUGAUUCUGCAUACGCUACAUACAGAGCCGUGAUUAGGUACGCGUCCGAAGCUCUAUCAUUCAUUGACCCCAUUGAUAGAGCCGGGUUCGUGACAAGAGCAAACAGCCUAAUUGCAAAACUCUUGGAAAUCUUAUCAGACAUAAUGGCUGCCACAGGGUGUAGUGCAGAGCAAUUUAUGAAGGUCGCAUCGUACAACGUCGUUUUCGCAAACCAAGUUUGCCAGGUUGCUAGCCAUAGUCUUGUGAACCAGACCAUUAAGCAUGAGACAAUCAAUCUAGCAAAGACGGCCUCGAGACAAGUUAUCACUCUUAUAUCGAGCCAGGCGGGGCAAGAAUGCCUUCGGAAGUUCCUCGCCGCGAGUAAGCAGAGAAAACUACAAGAGGAGGGAAUAAAGGAUGAUCAUCCGAUUGUUGAAGCCUAUGUCAUUGUUCGACACGUUCUAUGCAGCGCUGACAGAUUCAGAGGCUGCCUGGAAGACUUUGUGGCGGAGGCGUGCCCAGAAGUAGAUGCUAAAAGCACUGAGAAGGAUAUUGGCAUCCUGGAAAGUGGAUGGCAACAGGUCCUUACAACUCUCCCCCUACAAGAGAUCGAUGUUCAUGGGAUUUCUCGCAUUGGCUCCCGUUUCCAGGGUGGCCACGACAACUGGACAGUUGUAAAGCGGCUUUUGCGUCCGGUUCUCGAGAGCGAUGAGGCGGAUUUAGAAUCUCGCCCUAUUUCUUACUAUAGCUACUGCCGAGUCCUGUUUCAAAGGUGCUUUAUUCUCAUCAAUGGCUGGGGUUGGCGCGAUUGCAAACCAAUUCUCGACACCCUCUACGACUUUUUUGCCAAGCGGACCUUGUACGAUUUGAAGUCAGAAGAGAGCUACAAAUCGCCUGCCUUCCUUGAUGAACUUGACGGUAAUCCUUCAUUUCAGAUUCUGCCAGGUGACUCGUGCUUCCAUAUCUUGCUGAAGAUACUCGCGAGCGGACUGCGUUUCCUAACAAAAGCCUAUGACAAAAAGACGAUCCGGAAUUAUACUUGGCGAUUGCUACCGAACCAUGGCCGGGAUUAUCCCAAAGAACAGCCCAUCCACCAAGCUGACUUGAAUGCUUUGAGAAAUCAUCAUGAUCUCCUUUGCGUCUUGUACUCGUCUGUUCCUGAUGGUUGCCGUCCUCGGCUGGGAACAAUCAAGGACCUGGUCCAUCCUGCCACCUCCCACCGCGAAACCUGCAAAAUCAGUUUGCGGACAUGGACGCGACUUGCUAGAUUCAAGUUGUCCACAAAAGAGGAUAUAUCUGGACUAGAGCCCUUCGCCGAGUGGCAUGGCUACUUUGUUACCGAGUUCCUGAAGCAGCACAACCUAGCCCGAAAAGAGAUUGAGGCGCAAAUUGACGGUGGAAAUAAUUUCUCGCAACAGCUGAUUGACAGGACAGUUGCUCAGAACCAGCGGCAGAUUGAAUCCCUACUGAAGACGGCUCUACAGGGGCUUCAGAGCGCGAUCAAAUCCGCGCCUUCCUUGGAGCAUGCUCAGAAAAUUGUGUCCCAGACGCCUAUCAAGUUAAUAUUAGACCUUUUCGAUAGCCGCACGACUCGGUUAAAUGCAACUGUAUUGGAGGGACUCCAGGUUAUUGUCAUGUACCUUCAGAAAUGCGGCUCGCUGACAGGCUCGUCGACCACGAACUCGGCGAACACCUUGAUUUCAGCUGAUGAGGACAGUCAAGAUUAUGGAGAUUGGACUGAUAUCGAAGCUGUCUACGGUUAUGAAUCUCCACCGAUUACCUCAGGAGUAGAGCAUGUGGAACAGGUAUUCCACCCUGCGGUAUCACGUCUGGUUUCGAACUGCUUUGGCGACGAUCGUUGUCCUGAUGAUGCUGUCCUUCUGGGAGUCGUCGACUGCUGGUCAUCUAUGGCACACACUCUUGUGAAGCACAAAUUGCGGCGAUGGGACAGCUAUUUAAGCCCGUACGAAGCUGACUCUUGGCUGGCCCUUCGCUGGACAACGCAGACCAGAAAAUUUACUCCUCAGUUUCUGGCGAAGUGUAUUGAGAAGGAUAGCGAGAUCUUAUCGGAAUGUAAGGCUCAGAUCCUUGGAAUGUGGCUGUCAAGCUUGGUUGAAAGAGUAUCAAUGCUCAAGUUCCAACACCGCUUCACCGAGGCAAUCCUGAAUUGGAAUACAGAGGAUCCCGUGCUGAGGAACCUUCCAUUCUCGCAAAACCCGAAGGAAGAACGAUACUCAAUAACACUUUCGGAUCUAAGUCAGCGCCGUCUGUCACUCAUCUCAUGCGUUUUGUCCAACAUGCGCGUUCAUGUCCAAAACCUUGAUGAUGUGAAAUCUCGUGACCUCUCAACCACGCGGCAGGAUUACAGAGAAGUUAUUCAGAAGAUGAUGUCGUCCAUGAAAUCGAAUUACCAGGAGCUGGGCAAUGGCGAGGCGGAGGUCAAAGGAGCCUACGUAGAGUUCGUCCAGAGAAUUGUCGGCUUCUUGCAGCAGCAUACAAGGGAUAUCUGCCCUAUCGACCCAUUCUUCACAGACACUGCUACGUUCCCUCUGCCAUCCAAGGAUCCAUUAUACAUUGUUGCUCGUUUGCGAAGCUACCAACCCAAGCUCUCGUCUGCCAAAGUUGCAAAAACGCUCGUUAUCUUCAUCCAAAGUGUUUCAGAACGAGCCGCCCUUGAUGCCGAGCAAACGUACUUCGUCGACCAGCUGUGUGAGUCUAUGAAAAAUACCUACGAAACUGGGAACCUGGAACAACCCACCUUGCGAGCAACCCUUCUGCAAGGCGUCUUCCCUGCCUACCUUGCGACGGCCUUCACCAACGGAGCUGCAUGGAUCCUUAGCCGGCCAAUCAUUGAGACUAUUACUCGAGUAUUCCAAGAGCUGCUUUUCAGUAUUGACACCACAGACUCAGCCUGUGUCUCAUCAGUCAUGGGCAUCUUCUGUGCAAUCUUCGAGUCGGCAUAUAGAGCUCUCCACCACAUAAUAACAGACGCUAACAUGCUCACUCAGCCCGAGGUGUUGAUCACCACUACUGCCUUUCUCGAGAUGAUAACAUCUGCCCUCCCGGUUGUCGACUAUUUAGACCGUCUGGUCGCAGACUCGAGCGCAAUGAGCCACCUGUUAGCGCAAAUCCGCGCUUUUCAGAAUCUCUCCAUAUUCAUAAACGCCUGCCUCCAACCUCGAUCGCAACAAUCUUCAGAACCACAUAUCAGCCUCACCCCUACUCUGGAGGUCUUGCACCCUUCUACCAGCGAUCUCGCCGUCUCUGCUACCAGAGAGCUUCAGACCUACAUUAACGAAAGCUGGUCCCGCCACCAGGGCAAGUACUACUUCACCAGGCGUGGAGCGCACGCGCCACAAGAAGUGAUUAUUGACGCAUCGAUAUCCGCAAAGCUAGACAGUCUUCCCGAGAAGGGGGUGAGUGACGCUGCAACGGCGCUUCUAUGUGCGCUGGAUAGCUUGGAUCUGUUUGGGGAGAGCAAAGACGUGGGUGAUCACCUGCAAACCAAUCUUUCCUGGGAAUGGAAGGAAGAAGUACUUGUUGUUUGA